UAUUAAAAGUUAGUGAAUGCUGCGCCUUACUGUAUUUUAGUUAUAUUGAUAAUUUUGGAUUUGAAUUACAGUGUUAAUAUAACAUGGCAAAUUCUGAGAGAGAGAAUACAUUGAAAGAGGUAUUGCCCGAUCUUCUGAAACAUGCCGAUCUGUGUGAAAAUUAUAAAAUAGAAAAGUUGAAACAAAUUAUAAUGAAUGAUGUUUCUAGUGACAAUAAUUUCAUGAUAAGCUCACUAUUUACAUGCACUGUUCUAUUUGAAGAUAACAAAGAACUAAAACUGGUUAUUAAAAUAUUGGACCAGGAUGAAUUUGUUCAAAAGUCAUUUGGUAUGGAUAGAUGUUUGCUAACGAAAUUGUUGCUUAUAACACGAUAUCAGGAUCCUCCAGAAGACUCCAACUUGAAUUUGACCUAUGAUAUUUGUGCACAACGUGGAUUGAAGAAUUUACGAAAUGAAUAUCCUGAUGACGAUAAUAUGCAAAAAUUUGUUACUGAAAUUCAGAGAUUAUUUGAAAAAGCUCUUGAUUAUGCCAGAGACCUUAUUAAACCUUCAGGUCUAUUAUCUGUUAUAUGCCAUGGUGAUUACCUAAGAAAUAAUGUCAUGUACAAAUAUGAUGAUACAAAUCAACCUAUAGAUUUGAUGAUGCUUGAUCUGCAGACAUUUCGGUAUGCAUCUCCUGCAACGGAUUUGUCUGUAUUUUUAUUUAUGCAUUAUGAUGGCAAGCAACUGAUUGAAGACUGGGAUUAUUUCUUUAGUGAAUAUCAUAAAGCGCUGGUAAAUGAACUCAGCAUUGGAUUGGAUAGGCCGAUUAAUGAUCUCCCUGGCUGCUACAGAAUUUCAAAAAAAUUUCAACAUAUUUGUGGUUUGCUUCAAGAAAUUAGAUAUCAGGAUCCUCCAGAAGACUCCAACUUGAAUUUGACCUAUGAUAUUUGUGCACAACGUGGAUUGAAGAAUUUACGAAAUGAAUAUCCUGAUGACGAUAAUAUGCAAAAAUUUGUUACUGAAAUUCAGAGAUUAUUUGAAAAAGCUCUUGAUUAUGCCAGAGACCUUAUUAAACCUUCAGGUCUAUUAUCUGUUAUAUGCCAUGGUGAUUACCUAAGAAAUAAUGUCAUGUACAAAUAUGAUGAUACAAAUCAACCUAUAGAUUUGAUGAUGCUUGAUCUGCAGACAUUUCGAUAUGCUUCCCCUGCAACGGAUUUGUCUGUAUUUUUAUUUAUGCACUAUGAUGGCAAACAACUGAUUGAAGACUGGGAUUAUUUCUUUAGUGAAUAUCAUAAAGCGCUAGUAAAUGAACUCAGCAUUGGUUUGAAUAGGCCGAUUAAUGAUCUUCCUAGCUGCUACAGUAAAUCUAGCAUGGGACGAGAUUUCGCGCAGUUUUGUCUUCAUGGGUACUAUACUGCAUCGUACUUUAUGGGAUGCCUACAUGAACCAAUUAAUGAAGAUCCUGCGACAUACUUUGCAAAUGCAUCAUCUGAGACAAUUGUACUUGAUACUAUGACCCGUGGAGGUGAAGCUGUAACAAAAUCAUUAUCAAAUAUACUUUUUUUCAUUAACAUGGCAAAUUCUGAGAGAGAAAAUACAUUGAAAGAGGUAUUGCCCGAUCUUCUGAAACAUGCCGAUCUGUGUGAAAAUUAUAAAAUAGAAAAGUUGAAACUAAUUAUAAUGAAUGAUGUUUCUAGUGACAAUAAUUUCAUGAUAAGCUCACUAUUUACAUGCACUGUUCUAUUUGAAGAUAACAAAGAACUAAAACUGGUUAUUAAAAUAUUGGACCAGGAUGAAUUUGUUCAAAAGUCAUUUGGUAUGGAUAAGAUGUUUGCUAACGAAAUUGUUGCUCAUAACACGGUGAUCGACAGUUUGGAUUUGAAAACUUUAUUUCCUCGAUGUUAUUAUUUUUCUGAACAUGGAACACCAAUCAUCAUAAUGCAGGAUAUACGAGUCGACGGCUAUCGUAUGACAGAUAGCAUGACCUGGCUGUCUAAAGAGCACAUUUCUAUUGCUGUUAAUAAACUAGGAAUGUUUCAUGGAAGAGCUUAUACAAUGAAAGAAAAGAAUUUCAAAAAAUUUCAACAUAUUUGUGGUUUGCUUCAAGAAAUUAGAUAUCAGGAUCCUCCAGAAGACUCCAACUUGAAUUUGACCUAUGAUAUUUGUGCACAACGUGGAUUGAAGAAUUUACGAAAUGAAUAUCCUGAUGACGAUAAUAUGCAAAAAUUUGUUACUGAAAUUCAGAGAUUAUUUGAAAAAGCUCUUGAUUAUGCCAGAGACCUUAUUAAACCUUCAGGUCUAUUAUCUGUUAUAUGCCAUGGUGAUUACCUAAGAAAUAAUGUCAUGUACAAAUAUGAUGAUACAAAUCAACCUAUAGAUUUGAUGAUGCUUGAUCUGCAGACAUUUCGAUAUGCUUCCCCUGCAACGGAUUUGUCUGUAUUUUUAUUUAUGCACUAUGAUGGCAAACAACUGAUUGAAGACUGGGAUUAUUUCUUUAGUGAAUAUCAUAAAGCGCUAGUAAAUGAACUCAGCAUUGGUUUGAAUAGGCCGAUUAAUGAUCUUCCUAGCUGCUACAGUAAAUCUAGCAUGGGACGAGAUUUCGCGCAGUUUUGUCUUCAUGGGUACUAUACUGCAUCGUACUUUAUGGGAUGCCUACAUGAACCAAUUAAUGAAGAUCCUGCAACAUACUUUGCAAAUGCAUCAUCUGAGAAAAUUGUUCUUGAUACUAUGACCCGUGGAGGUGAAGCUGUAACAAAAUCAUUAUCAAAUAUACUUUUUUUCAUAAAGUAUGUGCAAAACAAAUAUGACUAUCAAAAUUUCAGUAUAGUGUAAAAUUCAACA